CAGGAUAUCUGUGUGUCUGACCAGUCCAUCUUUCCAAGGAGGUUCUGGACCAGCUGCAUCCAUGUCGUGCCGAGCAGAGCCCCCUCCAGCAGCCCUGCACCUCGCUCCCGAUGUCCCUGUAUGGAAAAGUUGUCUGGUCCUACAUUGAGCAUCAUUAGCUGAAAGCAAAAUCAAAGACAUUCCUUCCAGCUGAUGAAGAGCUGGCUCUUCUCCAUGGUCUUCACAGCCUCCAUUUGAAGGCCAAACUUCUCAAGAGCAAUAAAGCUAAAUGGGUCCAGUCACUGGAAUGACUCCGGAUAAGAAAGCUGAAACGCCAGGAGCAGAAAAAGCUGCAGGACUACGGCAGUGUCACGGGAUGGGAAGCUUGCCCGACGCGGGCGAUGCCGGCCGGCCAAAGGCCACCGUGGUGGACAAAGAUUCUGCAGACGACGAGCUCACAAAUUUGAACUGGCUGCAUGAAAAUACUAACCUCCUAACAAACUUCAGCCUCGGAAGCGAGGGUCUUCCGAUCGUUAGCCCCUUGUAUGACAUUGAGGGCGACAGCGUGCCAUCCUUCUCGCCAUCCUGCUACCAGAACCCCCCCAAAAAGUCCUCCACUUCCAAACCCCCCUACUCUUUCAGCCUUCUCAUUUACAUGGCGAUCGAGCAUUCCCCCAACAAGAGCUUGCCAGUCAAGGAAAUCUACAGCUGGAUCCUGGAGCGCUUCCCCUACUUCGCCACGGCACCCACCGGCUGGAAGAACUCAGUCCGACACAAUCUCUCCUUGAACAAGUGUUUCCGAAAGGUGGAGAGAAGCCAUGGCAAGGUCAAUGGAAAAGGUUCAUUGUGGUGUGUUGACCCAGAAUAUAAACCUAACCUUGUCCAAGCACUGAAAAAGCAGCCGUUUCCCUCAGCGCUCGCCUUCUAUACUCCGCCGGCGUCACCACCAAGUAGGUCUGCAUCCCCUCACUACCUGACUUCGGUCCUUCAGCAGAGCCAUGGCCGGUCUCUCAAAGAAUCCGAUAUAGAUGCUGCUACCGCAAUGAUGCUGUUAAAUACUUCCAUUCAACAAGGGAUGUUGGACUGCGAGAAACCUCAGCCUCUGAAGACACCUAAGAAGAGGAGUUACGGCAGCGCGUUCAACCCUCCCAGUUCCAUAAAUCUGCAGGAAAAUGAUUCUGCAGCCACCAAUAUCGAUCCCAAGGAGGAUCACAACUACAGUGCCAGCAGCAUGGGCACCCAGCGCUGUGCGUCUAGGUCCAGCGUGUCUUCCUUGUCCUCCCUUGACGAGGUGUACGAAUUCAUCUCCAAGACCAGCCACGAGGGAAGCGACGGCAGCGAAGGGUUUCACAGCGAGGUGGAUACAGACGUUGACUCUGAAGAUGAUCCUCUUGGAGACAGUGGCUAUGCAUCACAACCUUGUGUAGAUACCUCUGAGGAAAGUCAGCCUAGCAACAAAGCAUUCAAGGAGUUAUGUCAAGAAAUCGACGAGGAGCUGAAGGAAGCGGCGGGGUCCCUGCUCCACCUUGCUGGCAUCCAAACGUGCUUGAGUUCCUUAAUAAGUACUGCAAAGACCCACUGUCACAAGCAAAGGAAAAAAUAGUAUGUUUGUCAGUGUUGAAUAUAUACAUAUAUUUUUUUUAAUUGUGGCAAUACUCUUCUACUUUUACCCUUCACAAGGGAGAUCAAAGCCAUAAGAGGACUCAUUGCUUUUUUAUUUUUGGCGCUAACUAUAAUUUAGCCAUUUAUUUUUAAAUCACUGCCUAAAAAGAAAAAAAAAAUAUUUAAUCUUCUCAAAUUAGAAGAGAUGCAUGACUUGUGGAAACCUGAAAGCAUACUUCUUAAUGAUCACUUUUUUUUUUCUUUUUAAUAAUUGAUUUUAUUUUUUUUUUUCCCAGAGAUAUAUUUGUUCAGAUGCACAUUGUGGAUAAUAUUUACAUCUCUGCUGGCCCCAUCUGCAGAGGUGAAUUUUGCCCUGUCUAAGGGCUCUGACUUCCAUGUAAAGGAUUAAAAAGGAGGAGAAAAGAGAAAGAAAGGGAGAGGGGGGGAAUAAAAAAUGGGUCCUGACCUCAGUUGCCUCCUCCCUCCUGUCCUCUCUUUGCUCUUCUGGGACAGGUCCUGGUGGAAACGCUGGUGAAGCAGCUCCGAGGGGCUGCAGUUUUCAGCCCAUCUGACCCAGAGGCUGAAAACCUGUAGCUCCAGGAGCUGCUUCAGCAGGAUGCGAAGUAUCCCUGGAAGAGCAGGGAUAAGGGGGAGCUGAGGUGGGUAUUGCCCACAGUUUUGGUUUUUUUUCCCCCCUCCUUCCCCCAAAAUCUGCUGUGUGCAGGUCAGAUUCCUGAAGGAAAACAGGGCUGUUGUGUUUUUUUUUUUUAUCUUAAGACAAAUUGUCUGGUUGGUUUUUUUUUUGGGGGGUGUGUGUCCUUUCCAUGCAGAUGCACAUGUGCAUCCAUGCACCUUGGAUGUAGCCAACAGUGAAAGCUGCCACUUGCCAAAUUUGAUGUUGUCCUCAUGUUACCACCACUGUUGACUAUAUAGUAGCUGCAUAGUCCUGCAACAUCUCCCCUUCUGCCACCCUGCACCGGUUUCAGGGGAAAAAAGAACCCAAUGGUUGACAGUGGUGACAACGUGAAGGAGGUGGAGGCUUUAGGUGGUGAACGGCUGCUGAAGAGGGAAUGCCUUACCCCCUCAUCUGAGAGAAAAUAAAACAGCUUCCUUUUGGACCAGUGAACCCUGAAUUGCUUUGGGUUUUUUUGCCCGUUCCCCCCCAACAGGUGUUAUUUUUCAUCCCAUGGGCUGUCUGUACCUUUUAUUCCCAGAUCACUGUGCCUUGUGCUGUGUGAGUCCCAUCAGCCUCCUGCUGCGUACGGGGUAUCUCCUGGGCAAGGCAAGGCUUUAGCCUUUGGAUGUACACCGGAGCUCAGGAGGACCUCUCCAUUUAGGGAAGAAAAUCCUUCACAACUCAUUUUUUGCAAUAAAAGAAUCUCUUUAUAGUUCCCAGACAUCCUUUGGCCAAAAAUGUCUUAGUGGUAUAGUGACUGUUUUCCUCUUUUUUUUUUUUUCUUUAUUUUUUUUUUCUUUUAAAAUCAGUGAUUACUUACAUCUUCUUCUAGAUAAUGGCUUAUUUUUUUUAAGUUUUCUGUUCAAAAAUGGGUAAGCAGUUCUGUUGGAGUGGGUUUUAACAGUACUGUAAGCAUGAGGAUGCCUUAAGUGUGUUGCGGAAUCGUAUACAACUGUCAAAGGUCAUCUUUCCUCUUUUAGAAAGGUAGCACGAUGUGCCAUCAAACGUUCUCGCUGAGAUGUUAAGCUAUUGCUUCCAGCAGGUGUCGGGCAGGCUGCUUGAAAAUUAGGAGCAGAGCCACCUUGGAAACCAAUGUCCACUGUUUUGGUUGGUGAAAACAGUGCUGGAUUGAGCCAAAAGUUAACCUUUCCCUAAACAGGGUAUUUUUUCUGGCUGUCUGGAGGCCUUUCUUUGAUCAGUGUGGGGUUUUGGGGGUUUUUUUGGAGGGUUUUUUUGCUUAUUUGUCAGUCUCUUCGUGAAUACUGCCAUAAACUGUCUACUUUAAUUACGAACACAGCCAUGCUGCUGAAGGUCUGUUGCUCUGAGGGCCUGUCCCAGUGCCUCUUGAAGACAACGGUGGUGCUCCCGCUGACUCAAAUGGCUGUUGGAUCAAGCCUGAAAUAUUUGAGGUUCUUUGUGUUUUGGAAUUUAAAGCCAACGUUAUUUUGUUUGUUUGUUUGUUUUCAGGCACAAACACUAGGGGGAAAAAAAAGUGUGGUGGGGUUU